AUGUUUAAAAAACCAGCAUCACAAGCACCUGGUGGUAAACCAGCGGCUCAACAACAACAACAAGCAAAACAACAACAACAACCACAACCAUUAAAACCAAUAGUAUUAUCACAAAUUCCAAAUAUUUCAAGUAAAGUUUUAAAUUUAACAUCGAUUAGAGAUCAAAGUAAAUUAGAGUUAGGUGCAGCAAUUAGUACACUCAAAGGUUCAAAAGCAUUAGUUAUGGAUCCAAAAUUAAUUGGUUUAUUAAAUUUAUUAGCUGAUCCAACAUUUUUAUCUAAUUGUGGAGCAGAUAGAAGAUAUGAAUUAAAACCAGAGAUUAAUACAGAUAGUAAGAAUAUAGUUUAUAUAGUUAGACCAGAAGUUAAAUAUAUGCAUUGGAUAACUGAACAUGUUAAACAACAUGCAGAGAAAGGGUUAAAGAAAGAGUAUUCAAUUGUAUUUGUACCAAGAGCAACCAUUUUAUGUCAACGUGUUUUAGAGGAACAGGGUGUGAUGGGUAAUUUUGUAAUUAGUGAUUUCCCAUUGGAUAUUGUACCAUUCGAUGAGGAUGUGCUCUCUUUAGAGUUGGCAUCAUCCUAUAGGGAGUAUUUAUUAGAUGGUGAUAGAACUUCGUUAUUUCAUGUAGCUAAAUCAUUGAUGAAGUUACAAGCUAUGUUUGGCACCAUUCCGAUAGUUAAGGGUAAAGGUCACUGUUCGCGUCUAGUCAUGGAUAUGAUUGUGCGUAUGAGAAAGGAAAUGGGUGAAGAGUGUACAGUGCCACCAGAGAUCGAUUCAUUGAUUCUCUUGGACAGAGAUAUCGAUACCAUUACACCAAUGUGUACUCAAUUAACUUAUGAAGGUUUAAUAGACGAAGUUUUUACAAUCAAUAAUAAUGCUGUAUUUUUAAAUGAAGAUAUUGUUGUGCCACCACAAGGUCAACAGGGUGGUGUUGGUGCACCAUCUCAACCACCACCACCACCACAAUCAGCAUCACCACCACAACCUGUUAAAAAAGUACCAUUCCCAUUACAUUCAAAUGAUAAAGUAUAUAGUGAAAUUAGAGAUACAAAUUUCUCUGUAUUAUGUGGAUUAUUAAAUAAGAAGGCUAAAGAUAUCGAUGAAUAUUAUAAAAUGUUUAAACAAACUCAAUCGAUUAGUGCCAUUAGAGAUUAUAUGAAAAAGUUGGCAAGUUAUCAAAUGGAGCAUAAUUCUCUACGUAUUCACACUUGUAUCACUGAGCAGAUUUUAAAUGUAACUAAAUCACCACUCUUUAUGAAAGGUAUUGAAACUGAACAGAAUCUAUUGGCAGGUGUAAAUUUAGAAGUUGCAGAGAGAUUCAUUGAAGAUUGUAUCAAUAAGAAAGAACCAAUUCACAAGGUAUUACGUUUACUCAUUCUAUAUAGUUCAACACAUAAUGGUAUUAAACCAAAGCAAUUGGAAUUCUUUAAGAGAGAAGUUAUUCAAACCUAUGGUUGUAGUCAUAUUCUCACUCUCCACAAUUUGGAGAAAUUAGGAUUAAUUCGUAAAGCAGAUUUGAAACCUACAUUCCCAUCAAUUCGUAAAGAUCUUCAUUUAAUCAUUGAGGAUUUAAAUGAACAAUCACCAAAUGAUAUAGCUUAUACGUAUAGUGGUUAUGCUCCAUUAUCAGUUAGAUUGGUUCAAUCAGCAAUUAAACCAAAUGGGUGGAGACAAAUCGAUGAUAUCUUAAAACAAUUACCUGGCCCAACCUUUGAAGAGAUUCAACCACUUCCACAAGGUGCAACUACAAAUGUAAAAAGUGAUCGUAAACCAAUUACAUUGGUUUACUUUAUUGGUGGUGUUACUUUCUCUGAAAUUUCUGCACUUCGUUUCCUCUCAAGACAAGAUCAAGCUAAUCGUGAUUUCAUCAUUUUAACAACAAAACUUAUAAAUGGUAAUACAAUGAUUGAUAAUUUAAUUGAAGUUUUUAAUUAA